AGCAACACGCUUUCGAGCAAAAUAAAACAAAACUUCGAGCUCGAUGUACGCGACCCGUUUCGUGUAUACCGCGAUUUAGACGUAGCACGUCUCUCCCAACCCCGACCAGUGUUUGUUUGGAAGAGGUGCGGCGGAUGGUUACUCGUUGCAUGCCAGUGAAAUGUGUCCGUGACUUGUCUUGGAUCGUUGUUGUGCUUGGAUAUUCUGGAUCGCUUAUUCUUCCCUUGGAUUAGUCGCCGGAGCGGGUGGUGCGACAUGAACGAACUGCCGGAGGCUCUGAAUUUUGCCGGGAGGUCCGGACUGCACCCCGCGCACAUCUUGUCGCCAGAUUUGUUAUCGACCGACCUGAACAAAGUGAAAUCUGAGCCAGAUGUGGGAUCUUACUCUUUGCCGUCCUUAUCAUCAACCCUGUCGAUGCAUAGCCAUGCCAUAUCGCCAGUGUCGAGCUUCAACGCCAUCUCCGGAGGCAUAGCCAGCGCCCUCUCGGGGGCGGGCAACAGCAACACCUCCCACACCUCCGUGGAGUCGACGGACGAACCCGUCCGCGCUGCCAGCACCAAGUCCAGCCACUCGCCCCAGCCCCAGCCCUCGUCGUCCACGGCCUCCUCGACCACCAACAGCAGUCCCCCCAGCAGCCAGAGCAAGCCGCCCUACUCGUACGUGGCGCUCAUCGCCAUGGCCAUACAGUCCUCGCACCUCAAGAGGGCCACCCUCUCGGAGAUCUAUCAGUACAUCACCUCCAAAUUCCCCUACUUCGAACGCAACAAGAAGGGCUGGCAGAACUCCAUCCGGCACAACCUCAGCCUCAACGAGUGCUUCGUGAAGGUGCCGCGGGAGGGCGGCGGCGAACGCAAGGGCAACUACUGGACACUGGACCCCCAGUACGAGGACAUGUUCGAGAACGGCAACUACAGAAGGAGGCGGCGGAUGAAGCGGCCUUACCGUUCGGCGCAGCCUUAUCCCAAGGCCUUCUUCGGAGAUGCGCUGGGUCAGCACGGACUCCCCUUGGCGCGGAAUAUCUUCACCCCGCCAGCCUACCCGCCCCCGUACUCGCGCUACGAGACCGCUUGGCUGGGGCAGUCGCAACUGGCCGCUUCCUAUUCGAGCUGCAACUCGGGGGCCUACGCUCAGCAGGGUUACCCGUCGCCCACGGCUUUCAGCCCUUGUGGGGUUAGACAGGAAGCCGCCGCUAGGUACCCCCCUUAUUGGCCCCCCGACAGCGAGUACUCGCCCGGAGGACCGCACAACUCGCCCCCGGCAGCCGACCAGCUGCUGCUGCAAUGGUGACUGCCGUGAGGAAGGGGGAAGGGGUCUCUUCCUCCAAGUGCUUCGUGUGAGCGGCAGCCAUCUUCAGCGCGUCAGGUGCGGUGCCUGCGUGCUACGCCACUGUAACAUAUUUUAUAUAAUACACUUGUGAUUCACUCACCGACUAGCUCUGCUCUAGAUGGUUGCGACAAACAUGCCUAAGAUGAUAAUUCAUGUGUAUUGUUCCCAAAAACACCCCGAUAUCUUGGGUUCCAAAAAUGGCUCCAUCUGUCGUGCUAACUCCCAACUGUGCCAUUCAAAUGGCUACAUUAGGAAGCGAC